GUAACUGGAUAGCCGUAGGAAGAAAGUAGCCAAUGGGAAAGCGGCGUGUGUUCAAAGAAGCUUAAAUAGUGUCCGGGAAUGAGACAGCCUUUUAGAGGGAGGGAGAGAGGGAAAGAGGGAGGAGGAGGAGAGACAGAAAGUGAGGGAGCAAGGGGAGAGAGAGUAAACCUGAGCAUUCUGCAGUACAACAGCCGGUGUGGACAAAGCACAACCAAACUUAGCUCUGUUGUGUUCAAAGCACUGGAUGGACUGGACCAUGGAGUGCUUCAAAAACUGUUGCAGAACUUUUACAAAGAAGAAGGAGCAGGAAACUCAAGUAAUCACGAUGAAGAUGCCGCCCCAGGACCCGGUCCAACACCAGCCCGUGGAGCAGAGGGGCGUCCCAGAGGAUUAUCUCUUGUCCAAAAUGCCCCCGGACGGUCGUGUGGUUCCCUUCGUCCUGCCGUCUUUUAAACCUUCCUACGUCCAACCCAGGGGUCAAAUGUUCCCAAACCUGCAGCCUGGACCACAGAGUUCUGCCAGGUGCACAUAUGCAGAGAGAAAAGCAAUGUUAUUGGGCUCCACCUUCAGCCCUGAGUCCAGUCUCCACCAGAUACAAAUGGCUGAACACAACUCUCCUGGUUCAGUGCGACGCGCAUCAGUCAAGAACAGACACCCACAAAGCCCCAAAGGUCGCGCGCUCAGGUCCAGUGAGCAGAAGUUGAGCAGCUCCAUGUUUGACCUGUCGUCUCCUCAGGGCCGCAUCCAGCGGUUCGACUCGGCUUCCAGUGUGUUCAGCAGUGAAUCUUCCAUGAGGGACUCCAUAGAAAGCAGCCUUGAUUCCAUCACGUUAUCAGGCGACGAGAGAGAGUUGGGUAAAGUGUGUGUUCGCGUGAGUUAUCAGGAGGCUCUGGAGCAGGUGUGGAUCACUCUGGUGCAGUGCUCAGACUUAUGUUUGACUCUGGAUGGAGGAGAACAACAGAAGAUCGGGUUUAAAGGCAUCAUCACUGUCCCUAAACCAAUUCAGUUCAAGAGCUCUGUCAAGGCGUAUCAGCAGGACGUCCAGUUCAUGGAGACCUUUGUGUUCUCGUUGCGUUUACAGCAGUUGCGUUGCAGUGCUCUGGUCCUCAGGCUUCAGUCUCACUCGUCCCGCAGGAGGACAGUGGCUGAGGGCGUCCUGUCACUGCGCACCCUCGGGUCCACAGAGACUGAGCACAAUAUUGAGCUCAACACACCCUCAAAAUCCUCAAUGUGUCACUCAGAACUGCACCUCUCCACCUGUUUCCAGCCGGUCAACAGUCGAAUCCAACUCCAGAUCUUCACAGCACAAAACCUCCCCCCGUCCUCUUCACCGCUCACUCAAACAUUUUUCGUGAAGUCUGAGUUGCAUCAGUGUGGUCAUGUUGUGAUGAAGAAGAAGACCAAAGCGGUGAAGGCGUCCGGAGGAGUGUGCGAGUGGAAGGACACGUGUCACUUCCUGUUGGAGUCUCUGGAUCAAGCUUGUUCUCUCACCAUCAGACUGUACAGCCGUUCAUCUGUGCGCCGGAAACAGUGUCUGGGACAGAUUGUUUUGGGAUUCAACAGCCCCAUCCCAGAGGCAGUGGACCAAUGGAAGGACACGAUGGCUCAUCCAGAGAAAGUGGUGACUGCCUGGCACCGGCUGAGCCCCCCCUGAAAUAACCACCUCUCAUCUGCAGAACGCAAAAACAUUACAUAGACCUCAUUAAGGACUUUAUAAAGCAAUGCACAAUAGAUUUUUAUAGACAUUUGAACUCCCUGAACCAAGUGUUGCAUUGGUUAAACAAAACUGAAAGUGCUUGUUUUUAUAGUUGUAUUUGUAUUUGCCAAUAUUUGCUAACAUCACUAGGUUAAUGUUGAGGCAUUCACCCAUUUUAUUGCUACUUACUGUAAAGCUUAUAAAUGUUUACAAAAUGGUAUUUCCUUUAUAUUAGAAACAAACUUUAUACAUAUACAUAAC